UCAAAUUAUAAAAAUUAUUAAAAUCUAAACAAGCUAAACAAAUAUUGCCAUUAAUGGAGAUAUUUGAAAUAAUAGAAGCGUUAAUUUUAGCGCUAACUGCGUUAUUUCUUAUUCAUCUGUUUCGAAUUUAUACUUAUUUGAAUGAAUUUCCCACACCAUCCUUUACACCAAUCAUUGGACAUGUUUUUGACUACUCAAAUCCAUCAAAAGCACUAGAAACAAUAACCAAAAAUGUAAUCAAGUGUGGCGGUAUUAUGCGGCAGUACCUAGGACCACAACAUCCUUUCUUGGUAGUUGCUGACAAAGACUUUCUGGAAUUUACUUGCAAGAAUAAUAGAUACAUCUCUAAAGGGUCACAUUACAAUUAUAUUAAACCAUGGCUAGGAGAAGGAUUGGUAACCAGUAAUGGAGAAAAAUGGAAACAGAGAAGACGAGCACUGUCUACAAAAUUCAGCCAAACGUCACUUUUGCAAAAUUUCCUAGACAUAUUUAACCAAAAAAGUGACAUUCUCUUAAGCGUUUUGGAUAAGUACCAUAAUAAAGAUGUCAAUUUACAACCUAUUAUGAAGAGAUUUACUUUCGAUAUUAUAUGUGAAACCGCUAUGGGUAUAUGUCUAAAUCAGCAAUCACAAACCACUAACACCGAGUACGCGGCAAGCGUAGAAACCCUAUGCGACAUCUACUACAAUAGAAUGUCAUCGUAUCUGAUGAGAUACGAUUUCUUCUAUCAGCGUUCCGACGAGAUCGUGCGAGAGAAAAAAGCUUUGGCAGUUAUAGACGAUAUUCUGGAAAAAAUAUUGAAUCUGAAGAGCGAAGUGAAAAAGUCUUCUGGCGAAAAUGAUGCUACCACGAACGAUUUUCUUGAUUUGCUGUUGAAUGUGGAGAUUGAUGGAAAGCGUUUGAACAAAGACGAUAUAAGAGAGGAAGUAAAUACUUUCAUACUUGCAGGCUAUGAUACAAGUUCCACAGCUCUAUCUCUGAUAUUAUAUAAAAUAGCUGAACAUCCAGAUAUCCAGAAAAAACUGCUAGAGGAACAAAAAGAAGUACUCAAAGAGGACUUCAAAAAGCUUCACGUUUCAUUUGAAAAUCUUCACAAAAUGCCAUACCUGGAUAUGGUUAUUAAGGAAACUUUAAGAAUGCAUGCAAUUAUUCCAAUGAGUGGAAGAAGACUUGAAAAAGACGGUCUGAAAUAUGACAAUAUCAACUUACCAUCAACAGUAAACUUCAGUAUUUUUAUGCAUGGCUUCCAUCACAAUCCAGAAUACUUUCCAGAACCCGAGAAAUUUAGACCUGAGAGAUUUUCAAGCAAUGAAAAGAUAGAUAAAUUUACUUAUAUGCCUUUCGGUGUUAAACCAAGACAAUGUCUAGGUAAAAACUUCGCAAUGCUAGAGCUGAAAUCCGCUAUAUCUAAGAUACUAAGAACAUACCAACUUAUCAACAUCUCAGAACAUCAACUGGAUCUUAAACCUAAGUUACUGCUUUAUUCUGCUACUGGAAUAUGCAUCAAAAUUAGGAAAAGAAGUAAAAAUAUCACCAAGAAACAAGAAGCGUCUGUAAAUUUAUCUACUAGUUAUUAAAACUAUACAUAUUAAAAUUUAACACAGUAUAGUUUUUAAAACUAUUUAUUCUAUUGGUAAUCUAAUUUUGAUUGUAUCUAAAUUUUAACAUUUUAAAGAUAAUAUAUUUUUUCAUGAUUUGUGUGUGACACUAAUAUAACUAUAUACAAUAACCACAAUAAUAUUGAAACUGAAAAACGUUUAAACGUUUUCUAAAUUUGUAUAAGAGGCCUAAAAUAAUUCUUAACUGAAUAUCUCGUUGUUUUUUUCGUAAUACUUAAGGUGGCUACACACACUACUGCAAGCUUGACAAGCAUGCAUGAACAAUUCCCAUAUAACACACAAUAUCCGCAGGAUAUUCAUAGAAUGUCGGAAUGUCCCAUUAUAAGAUCAUCUUAUAAAGACAUCUAUAGGAUAUCCUCCAGA